AUGGCCCCGCUUCUCUUUCUGGUGCUGUUGAAACUCUUCCCUGCAAAUUGUCUGGACUUCAUUCAGGGGCGCAUCAUUGGCGGAUAUAUCCCAUCGCCAAAUUCAAUCAAAUACAUUGUGUCAUUACAAAGCUCAAAGGGGCAGCACUUCUGUGGCGGAUCUCUUGUCCAUAAAUACUGGGUGCUAACAGCUGCUCACUGCAAUAUUGGGAUGGAUCAGAUGAUGAUCGUUGCAGGAGACUAUACUUUGGGUGCUUAUGAGGGGACAGAGCAGUAUUUCAAGCCUCAGUCUCUUAUCCCAUACCCUCUGUACAACAAGAGCACCAAUAAUGCAGACAUCAUGCUAAUUAAGCUUAGUGCUCCCAUAGAGCUGAACCGGUAUGUGUCCCUCGCCCCACUCCCUAAACAGAACACAGGGCUGCUGGCGGGCAGGAUGUGCCGGGUGUCUGGGUGGGGCUCCACAAGCCACAGUGGAGGUCAGACCCCCCUCACCCUCCGCACAGUCAAACUCCCCAUCGUGUCCAUGGUUAAGUGCAACAGCAGCAAAUCCUUCAAUGGGAACAUUACAACCAAUAUGAUCUGUGCAGGGUCCAGCACAGGAGGGAAAGAUGCAUGUAAGGGGGACUCUGGGGGCCCGUUGGUGUGUGAGGGAUGCGUCUAUGGCCUGGUCUCUUGGGGAAAUGGUUGUGGAGAUCCAAAGUUUCCAGGGGUGUAUACAGCCGUGUCCAGGUUCCGCAGGUGGAUUGACCAGACCAUAUACAGCCCAUACUCACGAUGUCUUAAGCCAUGA